AUGAAAGAUGUGGAUAAAAGCAUUGCGAAAAAAUCAACGCUAGAAUGUCGUGGAAUCAAAGGACUAUCUGCAUUAUCAACUUUACCCAACUUUGACAUGGUAUGGAGCUUUCCUUUUGAUAGCAUGCAUACUUGGGAUUUAGGUGUUACAAAAUUCUUAUGGGAAUUGAUAAUAAAAGGCUUAGAUAAAGAUGAAAAAGAAAGAAUUAAUCAAGUGAUCAAAAUGACUAAACCACCUCGGUGUUACUAG